UCCACGUCAUCAUAAUUCAAACCUCCUCUCUCUCUCUCUCUAACUCUUCUCUCUUUCCGUUCGCCCGCCUCUCGCUAUGUCGCGCUUCAAGAGCAAAUACGCCGAUGAGCUCAUUGCCAAUGCCGCUUACAUCGGCACUCCUGGAAAGGGUAUUCUCGCUGCCGACGAGUCGACUGGUACAAUCGGCAAGCGUCUAGCCAGCAUUAACGUUGAGAACGUUGAAUCCAACAGGCGUGCUCUCCGUGAGCUCUUGUUCACCACUCCUGGAGCUCUCCAGUACCUCAGCGGCGUCAUCCUCUACGAGGAAACGCUGUACCAGAAGACAGCAGCAGGCAAGCCGUUUGUCGAACUGUUGAAGGAAGGCGGAGUCCUUACAGGUAUUAAGGUUGACAAGGGCACGGUCGAGCUUGCUGGUACAAACAGCGAGACCACAACGAUCGGACUCGACGGGCUCGGUGACCGCUGCAAGAAGUACUAUGAAGCCGGUGCCCGUUUUGCCAAGUGGAGAGCUGUCCUCAAGAUCGGUGCCAACGAGCCUUCCGAACUAGCCAUUCACGAGAACGCCUACGGGUUAGCCAGAUACGCAGUCAUCUGCCAAGAGAACGGUCUCGUCCCGAUCGUCGAGCCCGAGAUCCUCGUAGACGGCCCGCACGACAUCGAGAAAUGCGCAUACGUAACGGAACGUGUCCUGGCCGCCUGUUACAAGGCCUUGAACGACCACCACGCCAUCCUAGAAGGAACCCUAUUGAAACCGAACAUGGUGACUCCAGGCUCCGACAGCGCCAAGGUCUCACCGGAGGCGAUAGCCGAGCACACGGUCCGAGCCCUCCAACGAACAGUCCCGGCCGCGGUCCCAGCGAUCGUGUUCCUGUCGGGUGGACAGAGCGAGGAAGAAGCGACGGUGAACCUCAACGCGAUGAACCAAACGAAGGGAAAGAAGCCAUGGAGGCUGACGUUCUCGUACGGAAGAGCCCUUCAGCAGAGCACGCUGAAGACGUGGGGUGGGAAAGAGGAGAACGUGGAGAAGGCACAGUCGGCGUUCUUGGCUCGAGCCAAGGCCAAUUCCGAGGCCACGCUCGGUUCCUACAAGGGCGAUGCCAAGCUCGUGGAGGGCGCAUCUGAGAGCCUUCACGUCAAAGACUACAAGUACUGAUCUGACAAGGUGCGUUUUUUGGGUGCUUUGGUGUUAGAUCCCAACAUAUAAUACAAUCAUAUGGUAAAAAGUAAAAACCACACCACCCCACCAUGCGUGUGUGUAUAUCUAUAUAUAUAUAUAUAUAUAUAUUGAGAAGAAGUGUAUACAUUUUGUAUUAUGAAUGUAACUAUAGAGAAACGGUUGAUACGAUACCAAUGGGCCGAUCAUAUUCCUCAAGAUUGGGCUCAGUUUAUUUGUUA